GCACCGACAGAAGCGUACAUUAGCCAAAUUGGAAAGUUCACAAUAAACAAAAGCUUCUGUUAAUACGGGCUUAUUUUCAUGCGAGAUUUACAAUCCACAACAGAAACGGCGGCUAUAGAGAAUCUUCACCCCAGAAGAGAAUUUUGCAUUAAUUCUUUGCUACCAUGGUAUUCUUGUAGGAAAAGUGAGUUUCCUAAGAGAAAGCCACGAAAAUUCGGUGCUCCGAAGCAACUGAACAAUUCGGUUCGAAUAAAGAAGAGUGUUGAAAAUACGAAAGCUACACCUAGCAAGCCCAAGUCUUGGUCUGCUGUUGUGAAAAAGCAUGUUCGAGUUCCUCUUACAGAGGGUGUUCCGGCUGCUGCAGCUACUACCAACACAUCAAUUGCACCAAUGGAGAAGAAGAAUGCAAAUGUAGCAUUUGCCCAACUGAUGGAAUCAUUUCAGCCCGAUUUUCAACCAAAGAGUGUUAUUCAACCUCGCGGAUUUAUUAACACAGGAAACAUUUGUUUUAUGAACUCAAUUUUGCAGGCUUUGCUUUAUUGCGUACCUUUCUUCAAUUUGCUGAAGCUUAUCAACAAAACUGUUCCGUACAAUUUUGAAAAAUCUACCCCGUUAAUUGAAUCCACAACGUUGUUUUCAAACGAUUUUAAACAACAAUGGGUCGAGGAUGAAGAACAAGGCGACUCUAUCUUGCCGGAAGUUGUGUACUCUUCCACUAAAGGAAAUCCUCGUUUUGAAAUUCUUCAAAGCGGUGAACAAGAGGAUGCUGAGGAAUUUUUAAACUUGUUUUUAAAUGAGCUUCAUGAAGAGUUUUUGAACGAAUACAAAAAGUAUCAACAAAAGAAAGGGAACAAGACUGACGAAGAAACUAUUAAAAUUGUGAAUGGCAUAAGCGAUUCUCCAGAAAAUAAUGACGACAAUAGUGGAUGGACAGAGGUUGGGAAAAACAAGAAGCCGGUUAUCGCAAGAUCUGCAACGGUAGAACGUUCUCCUAUAAGUCAGAUUUUCGGCGGUCAGUUACGCUCUACAUUGCGCGUUCCAAACCAAAGAGAUUCAGUAACGCUAGAACCAUUUCAACCAUUGCAGCUUGACAUUCAAGCUGACGACAUUCAUUCUGUUACGGACACGUUGGAAAAAAUGACGGAGCCCGAAGUCCUACCCGAAUGGCCCUCCUCCAAGGGAAAUGUUACCGCUACAAAGCAAAUGUACAUAGAAUCCUUACCCCCUGUGCUAAUUCUGCAUUUGAAACGCUUUUUCUAUGAUAUUGCUGGAGGUACUCAAAAAAACUAUAAGCCUGUUGCUUACCCAGCUGAUCUGACCAUUCCACAAAGUGUUUUCAGUCCUUCUAUCCGUGGAACUGUUCCCACUGAGUACAGUUUGAAUGCUGUUGUAUAUCAUCAUGGUAUUUCUGCUUCGGGUGGUCAUUAUACCGUAGACGUUAAACAGCAUGAUGGAAGCGGCUGGAUUCGUAUUGAUGAUACCCAUAUUCAUAAAAUUCGAGUCUCUGACGUUGAGAUUCCUAAGGCUGCUGUUGAGACUGGCAGCUAUGGCGGUUCGAAUGAUAAAGUGGCGUACUUAUUGUUCUAUACGAGAAAAAAGUAGGAUGUAUAGAAAGAUAGAACAAUAUUUCGAGUACAGUAUUUUUUUUGUUCACUGUCUUGGAGUGCUCAAAACAUUCAUUGUCUAUGUUACAAUGUAUAUACAAUGUAACGAAUUAUGGGUGAUUCUCUAUUAUGAAAGACAAAGACAAAGUUGGACUUUCGUAAACGAUUAUCCACAGAAGUUAUUUAUUUUUUAUUCCAUGAAUUGUUGCACGUUUCCAAGUUGUCAACCUCAUUUUUGGAUUCCUUGUGCGUAAUAUUUCGAACGCAGCUCGUCCACUUCACACAGGAAUGUCCACUGUUCUUUUCUUUCGGAAAGAAAACCGUUUGGUGGUAUUGAUGUUAUUUUUUUUUUCUUGUUCAGUUUUUUCAUUUGGUUGUACAGUAGAGAGAUCUGGUAUCGUCGAAUUUGUGCUUUACGAUUCUUUGUUAUACUCUUAUAGGUUUACAGUAUAUCUCUUAUAAUCUUUGAAGAAUUCGUUCUUCUUAAAUAACAAUAAUUUUGUUUUACG